AUGAAAUUAUCAAUCGCCGUAUUGGCAUCAGUCCUGACUGUCUGCUCGGUCACUAUUGCUAGUCCAGUCAUUCCCAGCUCAACUACAAGUGCUGAAUCUAGUAUUUGGACAGUUAUUCCCACUGCAAAUGCAGUCAGUGAACCUGACUAUUCGGAAUAUCCUAUCCCAUAUGACGGGUAUGGAAAGUAUUGCCAUCCACUUGAUUUUGAUGGAAUGAUGCUGGUCAAACUACUUGCAAAAAAUACACAUAAACUAGAAAAAGUAACAAAAUAUAUCAACAAGAAAGAGUCCAACAUUGCAUGUCAAGAAACAUUGGUGGGUGAGCUCAAGGAAAGACUGGACUCUGUAAUGGAUGAUGGUCAUGGGUCAGGAAUCGCCGAGCUUGAAUCCGAGUUUAUUAAACAGAAUGGCAUUCUUGAACAACUCAAAGAACAGUUGGAGCGACUUUUUAAAAGACAUUCGAAUAGGUACAAAAAAGAUGUUGGAUUGCGAUCGGCACUUGCAGAGUACUUUGCAGAGCAUGAUCACCAUCAGCUCACUCACUCGUUGCACCGAUGCAACUGCAUGAUCAACCUGACACCAACCAAACCACACUCGAAUAUAUAUGUUCCAGUCAUGUGCAUCGUAUAUCGAUUGUCAACUCCAACACAUUCCACCAUGAUUAUGGUCACAUCACACCAUGCUGAUUUGCAUACACACAUAUGUUUGGCAUUGACCGAUGCAUACUGUGUAACAACUGAUCGGUGCGGAUGUAAUUGCACACUUGGUGGUAUUGUGCAUUAUGGUUGUUUGACAAUGGAUGAAUGCUGGAUUAUCGAGUUUGUGCUGGUAGCGUACCAUUGUGAUUUGAAUCAAGAAAACCUAAAAAUCGAUGUUUUGAAUCUUGACCAAACACUACAAUUCAACAUGUUCUGUCGUGGUACUGCUUUGCUUGCUGUCCGCUCUGUUCUCUCCAAAAAACCUGCUGCAUUAUCAACUGCUGUGAUCCGCACCAUUCCUAUACGUACUCUGACUUUUAAGCCACUGUAUACUGCUGAAGCAACUGCUAAUGGUGGUCGGCAAGUGGAAUACUUGGUCUGUCAAUGA